AUGAAACAAGUAUCCGAUCUAUCAGAUGAUUUAGUUAGAGAGAUCUUUUCUAGGGUUCCAUUGACAUCCAGCGCAGUGCGAUCUACUUGUAAAAAGUGGAACGCUUUAAUGAAAGAUCACAUCUUUGGUACAAAAGCAGCAUCAAAGAAUCAUCAUCAGUUUCUGGAGUUCAUGGUUUUAGAUUCUAGGGUUUGUUCCUUGAGAUUAGAUCCACUACAAGAAAACAGCAAAUACGACUUGACUGAUCCAUCAAUGAAGGAAAUAAGUAUACCUAAUACUGAUCAAGUCGAGUUAUCUCAAGUCUAUCACUGCGAUGGCUUAUUGUUAUGCGUCGCCGAACACAACUCGAGCCUCGUUGUAUGGAAUCCGUACUUGGGGCAAACCAAAGGGAUUCAACUCAGAAACAAAUUCAAUAGACGUGACAUUUUUGCUCUCGGAUACGACAACAACAACCCUAACCACAAAAUCUUGAGGUUUCUCUAUGAUGACGAGAGUAGCAGACAUGGUCAAAGAAGGGACAUUGAUGUCUACGAUUUUAGUUCUGAUUCAUGGAGGGUUCUUGAAGUCAAUCCCGACGGGGACGCGCCGUUUUAUCGUACUGGCCUGUCUUUGAAGGGAAACACUUACUUUUUUGGUCAAGAGGUAACAGAAAUAACAGGCAUUAAAGAUUAUUUACUCUGUUUUGAUUUCACUACAGAGAGAUUUGAACCGCGUCUGCCUAUGCCGUUUGACCCUCCCUCUCCUAGUAUUGAAUUUCUGACUCUCUCUUGGGUUAGAGAUGAGAAGCUCGCUGUGUUAUACAACCACUGGGACACAAUUAAGACAUACAGGAUUUUGAUUUCCACUAAGAUUGAGCCCAAUAAGGUAUCUUGGAGGACUUUUUUGACACUCGAUAUGUCACUAGUCUUUUGUUUUUGGACUUACUUUCCUCCUAAGAGCUUCUUCAUUGACGAGGAGAAGAAAGUAGCAGUGUUUUUUAAUAACAGUAGGACCAAGACCUAUACCUAUCGCUACCAAAUGGCUUACAUCGUUGGAGAUGAUGGAUACUUCAAAUCUGUCAACAUCGGAGAAGUUACGAUUUCCCAGGGGAGUCCAGGCAAACUUGUGUGCUCUUCUUAUGUUCCAAGUUUAGUGCAACUACAAGUUUAG